AUGGAGGGUCUUUCGUACAUUGCCGAUGCUUCGUUUGUUGUCAUUGAUUUGGUUAAUCUUAAAUCGGUCGAUGUCGAUGUCAAGAGUCGAACUGCAUGGGUUGAAAGUGGUGCUACGGUAGGCGAACUUCAAUAUAGGAUUGCUGAAAAGAGCGGAACCCUCGACUUUCCUACCUGUACUUGCCAUACUGUUGGCGUUGGCGGUUACUUUAGUGGCGGAGGACAUGGCCCUUUGUCGAGAAAUACGUUAGUCCAUGUUCCAUCAACCGUGACAGUUUUCACCGUCACAAAGGCCCCACAACAAAAUGCAAUGCAAGUCGUUCAUAGAUGGCAAUACAUUGCACCCAAACUUUCCGAUGAUACAUUCAUUCUCGCCACCAUAUCGAGGGCGGAAGCCAGUGAAGGCCAGCGAUCAAUUCAAGUUACAUUUAGAGCUUUGUUUCUCGGUCGGUCCGAUAUUCUCGUUUCGUUGAUGGAAAAACAGUUUCCCGAGCUCGGAUUACUGAAACAAGAUUGCAUCGAAAUGAGUUGGAUUCGGUCCGUUGUUUACUUCGCUCAAUUCACAACAUAA